CGCUGGCUCGGCUCCGCUCGGCUCGGCUCGCCGGGGCCAGGGCGUUCCGGGAGGGCUGCGCCUUUCGGCCGGGACGAAGCGGCGCUCCGGGAUCUGUCUGGGCGGACCUGCCCGGCGCGGUGGAAUUGGGUAUUCCCCUGAAAAGAUCACUAAUUUGAACUCAAACCCUGCCCACCUAGGGUACUGAGAAUUAGCAAGAAACAAGGACCCUUGGGUCAGCUUUGGAGGGAGCUGCUGCUGGUGACAAGGACAGUUUCAGACACACACAAAACCAGAAAUGCCUUUGUGGUCUCAGUGGUGGUGUAAGCCAUGAAGUCGUGUUGCAGAUGUGGUGUGUGUUCAGUUUUGCUUUCAUUUUGAAAGGUCCGUAUUUGCUGAGGUGCAAGAUGUCUGCCCUGAGGCUGAUCUCUAACAGAACCUCCCAGCAGGCCUUGUCUAACUCUGAUUACACCUGGGACUACGAGUACUACGAGUAUGGACCGGUGUCAUUUGAAGGUCUGAAGGCUCACAAGUAUUCCAUUGUGAUUGGAUUUUGGGUUGGUCUUGCAGUUUUUGUCAUCUUCAUGUUUUUUGUCCUGACCCUGCUGACGAAGACAGGAGCACCACAUCAAGACAAUGCAGAACUUUCUGAAAAAAGAUUUCACAUGAACAGCUUUGUGGCAGAUUUUGGAAGACCUUUGGAGUCUGAGAGGGUCUUUUCUCACCAAAUGGCUGAAGAAUCCCAGUCACUUUUCCAUUUCUGCAUUAAUGAAGUGGACCAUAUGAACAAAGAAAAAGAGAGUCAGAAAGGUCCAAGUCUGGAGAGUAAUACCCACUUCCAGGAGGUUCCCAAGAGCAGUGGAAUGUUUGAGGAAGACCUACAUUGUCUUACAAAAUUUAACAUUCCUAAUUUUGUGAACACUGAACAGAACUCUUCAUUAGGUGAGGAUGAUCUCCUCAUCUCAGAGCCACCAAUCAUUUUAUGAAGCAAACUGGUUAUGCAAUCUUAACAUUGGAUCCUUGAUUGAAAAUCCUUUACUUUAAGGUAAACAUCCCCAUUAUUGUCCAGUUUGAAGCCUUUCUUGGCCUCCUGCUCUUUUGACAGAAAGUAUUUCAGACCUGUGCUUUUUAUUGGAUGUGAGACUGGCUGUACUGAUAGAACUCAUUUUAGACAAGAAGACACUGAAUGCUUUAUUCUGAUGCUUUCUGUGGUCCAAAACUUCUUCCCAGUGUUAUUUCUCCUUUUUGAUUUUUUUUUGUUUUGUUUUGUUUCUUGUAUUGUUCCUCAUUUUUAAAUGACUACUUAUGACCAGCUUCUGAAGGAUAAUAAUUUACAAGGACUGUGAAGGCUGGAGCCUGGCAUUGGGAAGUCUGUGAAAAUUAAUUGGCCAAGAAAAGUAAAUCUCAAAGAAGACUGAAGAAAGGAAUAAACAGCCCCUGGGGAUGUUUUGCAGUUUCUCCUGCUCCCAAUAAGGAUGCCUGAAGCUGAGCACCACAAUAAAUACCUGCCUGGGACUAACUUCAAUUUCUGAUCCCUAACUGCUUUUUGGUGCAGGUUAAACCCACUUGACAAAGCUUCCAGAGGGAAUACCUUGCAAUUGAAAUUGUUUGGUUACAGUGUUUACAAAAUGCUAUCACCACCUGCUGCUGAGUGAAAACAAAUUGGUGCCUGUAAUUAUACUUCAGGAUGACACCUCAGCAGCUGCCUGUGAUGCCAUGGAAUGAGUAUUCUACACACAAACACAAACUGUGAUUUGGCUCUUUCUUUUCUUUUCUUUUUUUUCUGCUAAUUGCUGAUGUGAACUUCCAGUUCAGUAAUUACAGGAUUCAGUAGCUAAAUCACAGGAAAUAAGAAAAAACCUAUUUUUCUUCUGCCAAUAAAGUUACUACAUGCAAAUGGUAGUGGUAUGUUAAGCUGGUGUCACGUGUUGCUAACAGGCUGAACCUUCCUAUGCUUUUUGCCUUUAUAAAAGGUAAUUUCUUUACUCACUGGCCAGUGAAAUGCUAGCAGGCUUUGAGCUGAGAGGACCAACUCCAAAAGUAUAGCUAAGCUGUGCUUGCUCCAUCUUUUUUUGUACUCAAUUGGGAUAGUGUUCCAACCCCAUGUAUUCUCCAGUAAAAAAUUUGGUAAGGAUUGGAAUAGGUAUAGUUUCAAUCUUUAUUUUUUAGAGAUGGAAUUAAGUUCUGAACCUUUGAGAGUACUUAAUAUUGAAUUUCAGCUUUCUUCAUAACUAAUGACUGCAUGGUUUUAGAGCAAGCAUAUAAGAUGCAGGGGUACUAGGUUCAAACCCUCUGCUUGAUUUCAAGUAUGCUCUGUAGGAAGUUCUUAAUUGAUAUGAAAAGAGUGGAUACCAGACAUGCCUAACUGCAUUUUCUUGAAAUUAACAUGCUUUGUAUCCAACAUAUCUGUGUUCCAGAUUAGAGACCUGCUGAUACAUUCUUCAGCCACUAAAAUGCUGAUUAAUUCACCCUUUCUUCACCUUACAAAUAGGAAAAAGAGUGAAUGGGUUGAGUAUUUAAAGAAUACAAAUUGAGUAGGAAGAGUGCAAGGAAACAUCUUUUGUUUUUAUGUCCUGUGCCCUUAUUACAUGCCACUUACAGCUCAAUUUCCUGUUUUCAAAUGUGAUUUUUGCAGGACUUGCUAGUGUUUAAAGCAACAGGAUUACAUUUAAAACAAAGCAGAGACUCUUUAAAACUAGCAGGUUAUUGCUGAAAAUAGUCCCCAAAGACUGAAAUGAACCCUGUUCUGAAUGAGCACAGCUCCAGUGAAAUGUUUCCAGUGCAGGAAAGGCCUUAUUUCACAGGAAGUACAAAACUACAACUAUGGAGGCUGUAGGUGUGGACUUUCCUUUUCCUAAAUUUGGGAAAUUCUCUCUGAAUAUGGCAUCUACUUCCUGCUGAGGCACCUCAGUAACAGUUAUCCGAUGGUUAAACUUUGAAGCUCAAUAUCAUUCUUGCUAACACACUGUGGGACUUGUACUAAAUGGGGCUUUUACAGCUGAUUUCUGGAUGAGUGAGCUGCCUUCAGUAAUGUUUGAGCUAUUUUUUUUAUUUUGGUUUUUCCUUUGCUGCGCUUGAAAACAGCAAUGCUGCUUGAAGGAAGGGCAGAUCUAUGUCCUUUGCAAUGGAGAAUCUAUCUCCUUUGCAAUGGAGAAAUGAAGGGUGUUUUUAAGCCAUUUAAAACUACAUUUCAUACAUCAUUUAGGUUGGGAAAAGACCUCUAAGAUCAUAAAGUCCAACCAUUAACUCUGUACUGGGAAGUCCCCAUCUAAAUCAUCUCAUACUGUGCCACAUGGCUUUUUCAAAUCUCUAGGGAAGUGACUCCACUGCUUCCCUGAGCAGUCUGUUCCACUGCUCCACAACCCCUUGGGGGAAAAAAAUUUUCAAAAUUUUCAGAAGUUUCAAAAUAAUGCAGAUGGGGUUUUGAAAAAAGACUCUGCUAUUUCCUAUAGGCUAGCCUAUGCUUUUCUUCUGCUACCUUAAAUCUCAGUGGCUUUUCUUUGGGUACAUAACUCUUACUUUGGAGAGAAAAAGGAAGCAUUUUGUGUAUGGAUAUUGGCAAUAAUGCCUAGAUGAAAGGUACUUAAUGAAAUGACCCAAAGACAAUGCCAACUUAACUUAAAACACACUUGAAUUGCAUAGUUAAUAUCCUUCUGAAGCAUGUAUUAAUCCUUUAAAGCUAUUUAAGUGUUUGGUUCCUGCUUCUGUUCUUUCCUGAUGACAGAUCUACUUUUUUCAUCUAUCUCCCUUCUAUAUUUAAAGUCUUUCAUGCUGCUUUUCUCAGAAAAAUAACCUGCCAGUCCCCACUGUAGAGCUCUCACACCACUCCAGACACUGUGGCAGCAAUAGUCAGAUUCAGAUUUUUGCUCUGCCUCAAAGCAGAGGCAAAGGCAAACACAAAAAUGUUCUGCAGUCUUCAAAAGCAGCUAUUUUAAGACUGUCCUUCCUUUUUUUCCCUUGUAAAUAAUAACAGACAUAUGUUGCCUCAGGGGAAAGGGCAAUAUAUAACCUGUUAAAAAAAAUUUCAUCUUUUCUCAGAAAAUCUACUCAUUGAUGCACUAGAAACAGAAUAGAAAGUGUUCCAAUCAGAGUAAUCUUCAAAAUGAGUACUUGGAAUUAAUGGUGCUUGAAAAUGGAAUUCUUGUGAGUUUUCUUAGUGCUUGGCCUCAAGCCUCUUCUCAAAACUCACUAUAAAUGCAUCACCUGCAGCAGAUUUAACUGCAGAGGGACAUAGCUCCUCUAAGCCAGCCAUAUAUUUGUUUGCCUAAACAUGUCCUGUAUUCUGGAAGAACUUACUAGGUCAAGUUACUUAUCUGUUUUCAAAGGUAAAUACUUGCAAAAUGCUCUUCUAUAUAAACAAAUUCUGCUCAUAGAGAAGAGAAAGAGAAUGGUAAAACUGUGAUUGUCUCUACUACAAUGCAGAGCCAUACAGUCUCUGAGACUGCCAGGUAAAGUAUAAACAGGGUAUAUUUAUAAUGAAAUUAAGUAUUUGUGCCCUCAGCCUUGAAUACUGUAACACUGACAUAUUUGACCAGUUUUUAGCCUUGGAUAUUGACAGGUAGCAAGGACAGCAGAGAAGAACCUUCUACCACACAUUCUCCAAUGAGAGCAAGAGAGGCCUUUGCUUUCUUAUUUUUGGAUGAGAGAUAGGUAGUUAGCUAUAUGAAAGGCUACUUUCAAUUCAGAGAUAUCACUGGAUUUCUGUUCAAGAGUCAGGGCAGUACUUGAUACAUGACCCCCUCACUCCCUGCAGAAGUGGAUUUGGCACAGCUAGUGCUGGUAUAUUUGUCCUUUUUCCUUGUACUUUCCAGAACAGGUUAAGUAUGGGAUAAAGGGGCAGACUUCAAAAUGUAUUAUGUGCUAUCAAAUAAAGUCUUCAUUCACAAGAACCUAUUUAAUCUGUUACAUCAACAAUUUUGACAUGUAUUUCAUAGAACUUGAAAUGGAACAC